GGGGAGCCCUCUGCUUUGCCGUAAAUUGUACCAACGUUUGCUUCAGCUUCCGCCUGCGUGCGCGUCCCUUGAUUUCGAUAUUCCAGCCUCCUAGGUGGUCGUUGGAGCACACAUCCAGCGACAAGCACUCUUGCAGUGGGUCGCUUGAACGUCUACGGCACGACCGCCACUGCCUCCCUCCACCACGAUCCCGAUUCCGACGAUGCCCUCCACAGCCCUGCGAAUGCGAACCCUGCGGGCCUUUGCCCGACAUGGCACCAACCCCUCGGCCGCCUUCUCCAGGUCCUUCUCAGCCUCUGUGCGACGGGCUGAGAUCAACAAGGUCUACCCCUCUGCCGCCGAGGCCCUCAAGGACAUGAAGCCCAACACGACCCUGCUGUGCGGCGGCUUCGGCCUCUGCGGUGUCCCCGAUACUCUCAUCGACGAGGUGCUCGAGAAACCCGACAUCAAGGGCCUUACCGCCGUCUCCAACAACGCUGGCACCGACAACUCGGGUCUGGGCAAGCUGCUCAAGACAAAGCAGGUCAAGAAGAUGAUUGCCAGCUACAUCGGCGAGAAUAAGACCUUCGAGACCAUGUACCUGACGGGCGAGGUGGAGCUCGAGCUGACGCCCCAGGGCACGCUCGCCGAGCGCUGCGCCGCUGGCGGCAAGGGCGUCCCGGCCUUCUACACGCCCGCGGCCUUUGGCACCGUCGUCCAAACCGGCGACCUGCCCCUCAAGAACAAGGCCGAUGGCACGCCCGAAGUCUACUCGUACCCCAAGGACGUCAAGGUCUUUGACGGCAAGUCUUACCUGUUGGAACACAGCAUCGCCGGCGACUACGCCUUCGUCAAGGCCUACAAGGCCGACAAGCUCGGCAACUGCCAGUUCCGCCUGGCUGCCAACAAUUUCAACGGCGCCAUGGGGCGCAAUGCCAAGAUGACCAUCGUUGAGGCCGAGCACAUCGUUGAGCCGGGCGAGAUACCCCCCGAGGCCGUUCACCUGCCUGGCAUCUACGUCAAGCGCGUCAUCAAGAGCACCGCCGACAAGCAGAUUGAGAAGUACACGUGGGCCAAGGACGAGACGGAUGCCGACGCCAAGGCGGCGCUGGGUACCGGCGACACGGCUGCCAAGCGCGAGCGCAUAGUCAAGCGUGCCGCCAAGGAGUUCAAGAACGGCAUGUACGCGAAUCUCGGCAUCGGCAUGCCUAUGCUGGCGCCUGGCUUUGUCGGCGCCGAUGUCGAGGUGCAGCUGCAGUCCGAGAACGGCAUACUCGGCCUCGGCCCGUACCCCAAGAAGGGCGAGGAGGAUGCCGACCUGAUCAAUGCUGGCAAGGAGACGGUAACGCUCAAUCCCGGCGCCGCCAUCUUUGGCAGUGAAGAGAGCUUCGGCAUGAUCCGCAGCGGCCGCAUCAACCUCACCAUUCUCGGUGCCAUGCAAGUCAGCGGAACCGGCGACUUGGCCAACUGGAUGCUGCCCGGCAAGGUCAAGGGCUUCGGUGGAGCCAUGGACCUCGUGAGCAACCCGUCCAAGACCAAGGUAGUAGUGACAAUGGAGCACACGGACAAGAAGGGCAACCCAAAGAUCGUUAGGCAGUGCGCGUUCCCUCUGACGGGUCGAGCCUGCGUGUCGAGGAUCAUCACCGAGCUGGGCGUUUUUGACGUCGACUUUGCCCACGGACUUACCCUUGUUGAGAUUGCCGACGGUGUGACGGUCGACGAGAUCAAGAGCAAGACGGAGGCGCCAUUUGCCGUGGCCAAGGACCUGAAGCCGAUGCUGUAGAAUAUCUGAAUUUGGUAAGGGAGUUGGGCGUGACUGCGCGUUUCAUGAAAGUGGCCAAAAAGAGAAAAGGCCAGACUGUUACCGGACUUUUUGGGCUGUCUGGCUUUCGAGUCCCGUUGAUGUCCAAUGUCGAUACGUCACAGGCGUUUCUACCGGCAUGCCAGCCCUGUUGCGAACGGCACGCGAGGUGUCGCCGAAUGGCUGGAAUUACCAAUAUAUUUUCCACAUCAUGAAAGCAAUGAAUGAUGGA